CCGGAUUCCAGGGGCAAGUAAUCGAUUCAAGCCUCUGAAUCGAGGAGAAGAUAUUCAAGGAUUGAGCAGAUCUCCUCCGAGACCAAGAACUAUCUGGAUGGAGCUCGACUUCUCUCUCUCUCUCUCUCUCUCUCUCUCUCUCUCUCUCUCUCCCUCUCUCUCUCUCUCUCUGACAUGUGCUCCUUCCCAAUCCAAUGGCAGAUGGAUUUUCAGACCAAGCGCCUAGGACCCGUGCAACUCCAUAUCUUCUCCCCUGCUUAGUCCCCUAUAUAUAUGUGUGUGUGUUGUUUGGCAUGGCAUUCUCAAGCAAGCCGGCUGUAGAAGAUUGCUUUGAUAAAUUUGGAGGAGAAACACUGAACUUACCGAAGAGCUUAAGGAUCAACCCCUUCAAGUGCAGGACUGCCUAUCCGCGGACAAGAUGAGGUCACUGAAGCGUAAGAGAGUUGAAGCGCCAUGCAUCCCAACACUUGAGGAUGUGCAUCCUUACAGUAGGUGGAAUUUGUGUGUCCGGGUAUACCACAAGUUCCAUGUGGAGAGGUUGGCUUCUGGCAGAAAGCGGCUUAACAUGGUGUAAUUGGAUGAGAAGGGUAAGAAAAUGGCCGCUGUAGUAUAUGAUGACGACGUCGAUCGGUUUGAUCCUUUGCUCGUAGAGGGGCGGGUAUAUUAUGUGUGGAAGAUGCUUGCAGAACCAAUUAUGAGGAAUCAGGAUUAUUUGUUUGCAGAUAGUCAAUUUGUGUGCCGUUUCAGCUCAGUGACAACAAUUAAUGAGUUGAGAAAUGUGAAUGAGCGCUUGAUCCCAUUGUUCCCUGCGUUUAUUCCUUUUGACAGAGUUUGGGAGUUCACCCUAGAUAAUGAUACAUAUGUUGAUGUUAUUGGCAUGGUUUUAUUUGUAAGUUCUAUGGGAUAUAAAGACGGUUUCUACAAUCGGAGGAUCCCAGUGAGAAAUAUUGUUCUGCUAGAUGACACCUAUAAUAUUGUCAAGUUAGUUGUAUGGGACAAGUUGGUGACUAAUAAUCUAAGUACAUGGGAAAAACUCGCCGAGGAGCGUGCUAUUGUCGUGGCAACAAUGUUACGUGCAGAGCGCAUCGAUCGUGGCCUGCAUACUACAGACUUUAGUAGGAUGCACUUUAACCCGAACAUCACAGCAGUGUGUGAAUUAAGGCAGAGGAUCAAUAAUGAUCUUGCUGGACAAUCACCUCCAUGAAUCAAAAGAAGAUGAAGAAUGGAGUCGUGAAGCAAAAGUGAAGUCUUAGAAUAAUAGGAUAAUGCGUUACUUAAGCUAGGUUGAGCUACUUUUGAACCGUGUUACUUCACUUUGCUUAAUUUUGGGUGUACGGUGCCGUGGACAAUGAUGGAAAGUGCUUUUGUGAUCCUUGUUGUAACUGAAACCGAGUUUCACUUAUGAAGUCAAAUCUUAAGGCAGUGUAGUGCCAAGACCACAUGAACAACAUAUCAAGUUGGUGUGAUCUCUGAGUAAAGUAAAAUGUAACAGCUUGGAGGCAUGUUGAGUCGCAAAUAGUUGUUCACAUGUAUUAGCUAAGGGUGGAUGUAAUCAAAAUGAAAUGGUGUGUGUGGCUUGAUGUAACUCUCUGAUGUUUGUAGCAUCGUUGAACAAAGAUUU